AUGGCUGGAAGUUGGGGUUUGGGUCAGAUUUUGGCAGUUUGUGCUUUGUGUCAUGCUGUUCCUCAGCGGAAUGAUCUGCCCCAGAACACUCAAGCUCUGAUGUUCCAGCAGACUGACCAGCGAGUUCAACAGCAGACUGACCAGCGGCUUCAGAAGCCAGUUCAACAGCAGACUGACCAGCGGCUUCAGAAGCCAGUUCAACAGCAGACUGACCAGCGGCUUCAGAAGCCAGUUCAACAGCAGACUGACCAGCGGCUUCAGAAGCCAGUUCAACAGCAAACUGACCAGCGGUUUCAGAAGCUAGUUCAACAGCAAAUGCCAGUUCAACAGCAAACUGACCAGUGGCUUCAGAAGCCAGUUCAACAGCAAACUGACCAGUGGUUUCAGAAGCCAGUUCAACAGCAGACUGACCAGCGGUUUCAGAAGCUAGUUCAACAGCAAACGCCAGUUCAACAGCAAACUGACCAGCGGUUUCAGAAGCUAGUUCAACAGCAAAUGCCAGUUCAACAGCAGACUGACCAGCGGUUUCAGAAGCCAGUUCAACAGCAAAUGCCAGUUCAACAGCAGACUGACCAGUGGUUUCAGAAGCCAGUUCAACAGCAGACUGACCAGUGGUUUCAGAAGCCAGUUCAACAGCAGACUGACCAGUGGUUUCAGAAGCUAGUUCAACAGCAAACGCCAGUUCAACAGCAAACUGACCAGCGGUUUCAGAAGCCAGUUCAACAGCUAAUGCCAGUUCAACAGCAGACUGACCAGCGGUUUCAGAAGCCAGUUCAACAGCAGACUGACCAGCGGUUUCAGAAGCCAGUUCAACAGCAGACUGACCAGUGGUUUCAGAAGCCAGUUCAACAGCAGACUGACCAGUGGUUUCAGAAGCCAGUUCAACAGCAAACUGACCAGCGGUUUCAGAAGCUAGUUCAACAGCAAACGCCAGUUCAACAGCAAACUGACCAGCGGUUUCCUCCGCAGUUUCAGCUUCAGAAGCCAGUGGCGCAGGCAGAGCCCCUUGAUAAAUGUGUUGUAGCUGAUUAUGAGCAAAUCCAAUGCGGACAACCUGGGAUCAGUGGUGCUGAGUGUGACGCAAUGAACUGCUGCUUUAAUGGACAGCAGUGUUACUAUGGGAGAGCAGGUAAGUGUUCUCGGUCUUAUUCGGUUGAUGUUAAACAGAUUCUCAGAAUUAACCUUCUCUUGUACCCUUGUUCCAGUGACUGUCCAGUGUAUUAGAGAUGGUCAGUUUGUGGUAGUGGUGUCUAGAGACGUUACUCUGCCUCGACUGAGUCUGGAUUCGGUUCGUCUACUGGGUGGAAACGACCCACCUUGCGGUCCUGUGGAGUCCACACCUUCUUUUGCUAUAUACCAGUUCCUGUGACCGCAUGUGGCACGAGCA